GUAUAAAUUUGAAGCUUGAACGAUGCGUUUCCUCUCGUCGCAUUGGUUUUUUUUGUUUGUGCAAUUUGACGAAAAUAUUAUCGUGUGUGAUGUUGUGUGGCAUAAAAUAUGGAAAGAUUUGGGUGCAGUGACCUGAUAUCUGCCUUGUCGUACAAGGAGACACUAUAUGGUCUGAGUUGAUUGCGGACUCAAAAUGACGUCGCGAUUGGACCGCCUGUUCGUGCUGCUGGAGGCAGGAGCGGGCGCGGCGACUAGACGGGCGGCCGCGAGACAGCUUGGCGAGGUGCAGAAGGCACAUCCUGAGGAGCUGCACAGGCUGCUCGGCCGUUUGAUGAAGCAUCUGCGCUCGCCAACCUGGGAGACCAGGGUCGCUGCUGCACAGGCCGUCGAAGCAAUACUAUCGAAUGUUCCGGAAUGGCAGCCAACGCCGUGCAUAGGCAAAAAAGAAGAGAAAACGGAGCCAGAGGACAACGGGCGGCUGCGAUGCGAGACCUUCGAUUUAGAGAAGGUGCUGCAGAAUGGUGCGCACCUGAUGGGCUCCGAAGGUCACGAGUACGACAUGGAAGAGGAGGCUAUGUCCGCUGCAGAUAUGAAAGAUCGAUUACUGAAGCAACGACAGCAGUUAAACGCUCGUCUGGGGCUCGACAUGGCACAGCAGCUCGGCGUCGACCUCACCUCCGUGUACUCCAACGAAGACUUGUGUCCUGUCAAGCCGCAACCUAAUAAGACUGAACCGCCUAGGAGGCCUAUACAAGAACUAGUCCCGAUCGUGUCAUCCAAAACAUUAAGCUCCCGUGAGAUGAAUCUCGCGAAGCGAAAAGCGCGCGCGGCGUUCAGCAAACAGAAGUCUAGAGACUGCGAGGAAGGCCCGUCAGCGCCGCCCACGCCGCCGAUUGAGCCGGACAAAAAGAAGAUUAAGUUGGAACCGCCUGAUGAGUUCCUUUCGGAGAGCGGGCUGCCGGUGCCGGACUGCUCGGGCUCGUGGGGCGAGUGCCGGCGCUGGCCGCUGGAGGCGUGGUGCGGCGCGCUGCAGGCGCAGCUGCUGAGCGCGGCGUGGGAGGCGCGCCACGGCGCCGCCAGCGCGCUGCGCGAGCUGCUGCGCUCGCGGGUCGUCGCCGGCGCCGCCAUGCACGCCGACAUGACACACCAACAGAUGGAAGACGCGCACCAAGAGUGGCUCGAAGAUAUGGCACUAAGAUUGUUAUGUGUACUCGCAUUAGACAGAUUUGGAGAUUUUGUAUCAGAUCAGGUGGUGGCGCCGGUGCGCGAGACGUGCGCGCAGGCGCUGGGCGUGGCGCUGGCGCAGCUGCGCGCGGCGCGCGUGCGGCUCGUGGCCGCGCUGCUGGCCGCGCUCGCGCGCCACGCGCAGUGGGAGGCGCGGCACGGCGCGCUGCUGGCCUACAAGUACCUGCUCGCCGCCAGGGAGGAGGAGGCGUGCGCGUGCGGCGCGCUGGAGCAGCUGACGGCGGGGCUGGCGGACGCGGCCGAGGACGUGUCGGCGGUGGCGGCGGGCGCGCUGGUGCCGGCGGCGCGCGCGCUGGCGGCCGGCGCGGCGCGCGUGGCGGCGCGGCUGUGGCGCCUGCUGCGCGACCGCCACCACCUGCCCGCGCCCGCCGCGCACUACCUCGCGCUGCUGGCCGCGCUCGCCGCGCUGCCGCAGGCCGCCGCCGCGCUGCAUCCAAUUGAUCUUCCCGACGUACUACCUCGUCUCUGGCCGUACCUUGAUCACUCCACCAGCUCCGUGAGGAAGGCGGCACUUCAAACUCUAUGCACACUCACCAAGCCUCUCGUCACCACUGAAACCAAGAACAACGGCACCGACACAAACGGGGACAGUGCCAAGUCUGAACAGAAUGGCGAUGAUACCAGCCAGUAUUUAAUGUGGACACCGGAGCUCCUGCAGGAAGCGAUGCGACAUAUCUAUCAAAGGGUUUUGUUCGAGCACAUACAUGAAAUCCAGGAGAUUGCUGUGCAGGUGUGGGGCAACCUGAUGCGGCACUCGAUGCUGGGCGUGAUGCUGGUUGCGGCGUGCCCCAUGCUGGCCACGUGGCUCUGCCUCGCCAUGCAGCCCGCGCGACUGCCCGUCGAGCCCGCGCUGCUGCUGCAAGCGCCGCCCAAGGAGCAGCGCGUGCGCACGUCGUCGCAGGCGGCGGGCGGCGCGGGUGGUGCGGGUGGUGCGGGUGGUGCGGGGGCCGCGGUGGCCGCGGGCGCGGAGGUCGAGUCGGCGGAGGAGCAGGCGGCGCGCGCGGGCCACAAGUGGUUCAUCGGCGGCAGCGACACGCAGCCGCCCGCGCUGCGCGACCGCAACGUCAUGCGCGCGCGCUGCCUCGCCGCCGACAUACUCGGUUACCUCUCAUGCUACCUAGUCCAACCGGCGCCCGGUAUAGAGUACAAAGCUGAAGAUGAAAGUCCAAUAGAUUGUUACGUUAAGGUAAUGGUGGUAUACCUGCGGUCGGGCAGCGCGCUGCAGCGGCUGGUGGCCAGCCUCGUGGUGUCGGCGUGGGCGCGCCACCAGCGCCGCCUGCGUGCGCACCAGCACCACCACCCUCCCAACGGGCACUCAACGCAACAGGAAAGAAAGAUGGAAACCGAGAGUGCUAGUGAAGAGAAUGGAUCAUUACUAGCGCCACCACUGCUGACAUCGACACUGCACACAGCAUUGAACCAGGCUCUCUACUACGACGAAGUAGCGCUAAAUUGUAAUAGGAUACUGCAAGAGGCUCGCGAUCUUCACGCGUUGAUGAAACACUACAAAUUACCGGUCGACAGCGAGGAGUUCAACAAUAUAUUUAGGUUAGAACAGGUGUCUCAACUGACGACUGUAACACAACCGAUGGUGGCUGCGAUGAAGUUGAAGCGCGUGGCUGUCACGCUAGAAGAGCGGCGGAAGAACCUGCACUCCUCCGUCGGCCAAUGUUCCAGCGAGCAGAGUACGCUCAACGUCUCCGUACAAGCAGCUCUAGCAGGUGCCUGUGCCAACCUUCACGCAUUACCAGAGAAGCUGAACCCGGUGGUGCGGCCGCUGAUGGAGAGCAUCAAGCGCGAGUGCAGCGAGGAGCUGCAGCAGAACUCGGCCGACACGCUGGCCGUGCUGCUCGCGCAGCUCGUCGCGCGCGAGCCCUGCCCCAACAACAAAGUGCUCGUCAACUUGAAGGCCUUCCUCAGAUGCGACCCGGAGUUCACACCUCGCAUCUCGCUGGAGACCGCGGAGGAAGCGGAGUCGGGCAGCGGCGACAGCGGGCCUGAGGGUCGCGGCGACCCGCAGCGGCACAAGCAUGACCACGUCGCCGUGGACAAAUACUCUGGCAUCCUGACGCUGUGGGAGCAGCAACGCGCGGCGGAGCGCUGGGCGCCGCGGCGCGGCCGGCCGCCCGCCGCCUCCACCACGCCCGCCACGCCCACCACGCCCACCACACCCUCCGCUGCCUCCGCGCUCGCGCUCGACCACUUGUUCAUGCACGAGGACGAGGCCCGCAAAUUACUUCGGAUACAACGUCGUGGCGCUACGCUGGCGCUCGUCAGCCUCACAAAGUACUUCGGCAACGACCUGCCUGAAAAAUUGCCCAAGCUGUGGGAAUUCAUCACCGAACCAUUUGACAAAGUGAUGACAGACAAUGAGCUGGAGGCGCAGUCGGUGGAGGCGGCGGAGGAGAUGGUGUCGCGGCUGCAGGUGUUCGAGGCGGUGUGCGCGCACAUGGGCGAUGCCCUCUGGCAGCAGCUGCGGCGCGCGCCCGCAGCGUGCUGUGCGCUGACCCGCAGCGCUUACACCGCUGUGCGGCACAUGGCCGCGCGCGCGCUCGCCGCCAUGGCCGCGCGGGACGACGCCGCCGUCAUGCACACGCUCAUGCAGGAGCUAAUCCCGGCGCUGAGCGAGGCCACCAACGAGCGGGUGCGGUGCGGCGCCGCGGAAGCGCUGGCCCGCGUCGUGGACGCGCUGCAGCUGCAGGUGGUGCCGUACAUCGUGCUGCUCGUCGUGCCGCUACUAGGCCGCAUGAGCGACCAGUGCGGCGCGGCGCGCGUGAUGGCGACGCGCUGCUUCGCGGCGCUGGUGCAGCUGAUGCCGCUGGACGGCGCCGUGCCCGAGCCGCGCGGCCUGUCGCCCGACCUGCGCGCGCGCCGCCAGCGCGACAAGCGCUUCCUCGACCACCUCUUCAACCCCAAGUCCAUCGCCGACUACAGCGUGCCCGUGCCCGUCGCCGCCGACCUGCGCUCCUACCAGCAGGCGGGUAUUAACUGGCUAAGGUUUUUAUACGAGUACCGGUUACACGGGGUACUCUGUGACGACAUGGGACUGGGCAAGACUCUGCAGUCCAUCGUAGUAGUAGCGUCUUCACACUUCGAGCGCGCGCGCGACAAACUACCCGCUCUACAGUCGCUUGUUGUUUGCCCCCCAACGCUUACAGGGCAUUGGGUGUUUGAAGUCAACAAAUUCAUUUCCUCGAAAUACCUCAAACCCCUCCAAUACGUCGGGCCGCCGAUAGAGCGCGAGCGUCUCAGAACACAUGUGAAGUACUACAAUCUCAUUGUAGCGUCUUAUGACAUUGUCCGCAAGGAUAUAGAAUUCUUUAGUAGUAUUAAGUGGAACUACUGCAUAUUGGAUGAAGGACACGUUAUCAAGAACGGAAAGACGAAGGCCUUUAAAGCUAUAAAACAAUUAGUCGCGAAUCAUAGGCUGAUAUUAUCUGGAACGCCAAUACAGAACAACGUGCUGGAGCUGUGGUCGCUGUUCGACUUCCUGAUGCCGGGGCUGCUGGGCACGGAGCGGCAGUUCACGGCGCGCUACUCGCGGCCCAUCCUGGCCGCGCGGGACGCGCGCGCCGCGCCGCACCAGCUGCAGGCCGGCGCGCUCGCCUGCGAGGCGCUGCACCGCCAGGUGUUACCAUUCCUGCUGCGUCGUGUGAAAGAGGACGUACUUAAGGAGCUGCCGCCAAAGAUAACUCAGGACUACUACUGCGAGCUGAGCCCGCUGCAACGGAGGCUGUACGAACACUUCUCGCGGGAGCACAUGCCGCAAGGCAUGGCUAGUCACACACACGUCUUCCAGGCGCUGCACUAUCUACAAAAUGUGUGCAACCAUCCUAAACUGGUACUGACGCCGGAACACCCUGAGGCAGCCAAGAUAGCUGAGCAACUGACUGCGCAGCGAUCUACCCUGGAUGACAUCGAGCACUCUGCAAAACUGCCUGCACUCAAACAAUUGCUGCUAGACUGCGGCAUCGGCACAACAGCGCCGGAGGCGGGCGCCGUGGGAGCGGUCGCGGCGGUCGUGUCUCAGCACCGAGCGCUCAUCUUCUGCCAGCUCAAGAAGAUGCUGGACAUCGUGGAGCGCGACCUCCUGCAGCGCCACCUGCCGGCCGUAUCCUACCUGCGGCUCGACGGCAGCGUGCCGCCGCACCAGCGGCACGCGAUCGUCACACAAUUCAAUACUGACGUCUCCUUCGAUGUGCUGUUACUCACUACUGCGGUGGGCGGACUGGGUUUGAACUUAACGGGCGCGGACACGGUGAUCUUCGUGGAGCAUGACUGGAACCCGAUGAAGGAUCUACAGGCGAUGGACCGAGCACACCGCAUCGGCCAGAAGAAAGUCGUCAACGUGUACCGACUCAUCACCAGGGACACGCUCGAAGAGAAGAUCAUGGGGCUACAAAAGUUCAAGCUACUAACGGCCAACACGGUGAUCAGCAGUGAGAAUGCAGCCUUAGAGACGAUGGGUACUGAACAGCUACUAGAUCUAUUCCAGCUAUCCAACGGGCAAAACAACCAGCCUCAACCAGGCUCCUCCAGUGGGAAGUCCAUCCUCGACACACUGCCGGACCUGUGGGAUGAUAAACAGUAUGAAGAGGAGUAUGACAUGUCAAACUUCAUUAAAGGACUGAACAAAAUGGGUGCAUAAUGUAACAAGGAUUUUAAAAACAAAUGGAGAUUCAAAACAACUCAUUAAUAUCCCACCGCUGGGCAUCGGCCUCUCCUCUCGUGAGGAGCGUUGGCUUUCCACUACUAGGCUGAUCUGUAGUCAAAGAUUUACUAAUAUUUUUGAAGAUAAAAUAUCUCGCUUGCAUCACAAUUAACGUCGUUUAUAAAUUAAACAAUGAUACAAGGGUCCAUUCAUACAGAUUGGUAUAGAGAAAAGAAUAGAUUCUGAUCGUAUAUAAAACUCAGUUUUGGGUCAUUGGAAUAAGGUUAUUUUUACAUUUCACUUCUUUUAAAUUUGCUCUCGUGCGUUCUCAUAAAUAACAACAGAAGAUCCCUCGAAGCUGGUCUAUGUGAAUGGACACUAACUAGCUUGCACGUGUUGGCUGCUUCUUUGAAAGCCAAUUUUUUUAGAAUCAGUAUUCUGUUCUCUGUAUAAUCUCUAUUUGGUUUUAUAUUUCUUAAAUUCACUUACGUAACAUAUUGUUUCAUUCGGAAGCCUUUUCAUAUGGAAAAUUUUAUAUUUUCGCCACUCAUUAUUUACACGAAAUCGAGCUUUUAUGUGACAGUAUCGAUCCGUAAUAUAGCUUUAAACGUGGUAUUGAAAUACGAUGGAUGAAAUGUAAGGUCGUGUUCGAAAUAGCAACCAAAUUUUAUUAGAAAUUGGCUUUAACGUUAGUUUCUAACAAAAUGGGAGCUAAUUCGAUUCUCUAUGAUCGAUUAAGUAUGAAGUUUUGGUAAUUUGUUUAAAUUUUGGAACAGUAAAGAAGCUAUAACUAGGUCAAGAACGUGAGAUAACCAACUUGGAAUUUUCUUCUGUAUAUGUAUUUCUACUUAUAAUGAUUGUUCUUAUUAAUUUACUAAUCAUCUACUUCAUAUAUAGAUUGUAUCUAUAUAUAAUAAAAGGUAAUGCUCGUACAAAUACGUACGUAAAAUCCUAUAACAUUAUGAUGUUACAGUAACCUAAAAACUCCAUACACGUUCCGAUAGUUGUAAUAAUUCGUCUUUUGAACUUAAAAUUUAACUGUAAUUUAUAACAUUAGUUUGUUUGACGUCAGACUUCUACAAUGCAAUUACGCGUUCUACUAAAUUAUAAAUUGCUUGAAUGUGAUCGAGAGUGACCUCUGACUGUCCCUCUUCUAAUGGUAUCUGUUAUUAGUUUAAAGUAUUAAAUAACAGUGAUUGUAAUGGUAACACACUAUUUCUAUUUUUUUGUUUUGCUAUGAAAUUUCUCGGCUGGCUUUUGACCACAACAGAAUUGGUGUUUUACUUUUUUGAGGGUAGAGUAAUAAAUUGAGUUGUAUGCAUGAAAAGAAAAAUUAUGUUAAUUCUUUUAUGCAUUUUCUUCUUUUUCACGUAAUAUACUUUCCUCGCAGUGUGACCCUUUAAUGUGAUCAACCAAAAAGAAUCUAUCUAUCUAUCCAUUUAAGAGCUGCGCUCUUGUCGGUGGAGCUCUUGCCACUCACUACGAUUUUCAGCGAGUCUCUUCACCUCUUGAUACGACACGACACCAACUCCUUCCUUGAUCUGCCUGAUGUAACUAUGUCUCGGUCUCCCUCUCCCCCUUCUUCCUUCUAUCUUACCUUCUAUUAUAAUGUUCAUAAGUUCGUCGUGUCGUAUCAAGUGUCCUAACAUUUUUCCCCUUCUGUCCUCAAUAGUUCUAAUAAUUUGUCGUUUUUCCUUAACCCUAAGCAGGACCUCCUCAUUGCUAAUUUGAUCCCUCCAGCUAAUUUUCUCCAUCCUUCUCCAGCACCACAUUUCAAAGGCUCUAAGUUUAUCCAUUUCCUUCUGAGUUAAAGACAAUUAUAAUUUAUCAAAAAGAAUAUUUUUGAUAAAUUCAUAAGUGAUUUUUCAUGUCGCUAUAUUUGAAAAGUUGAAAGGCCAUAUCCAUAUGGCGUUAUGAUAUUUUGUCCACUUGUACAUAUAUUUAUUAUUAGUGAUUAAUUUAAAUUUCUAACUUUAUUAUAAACAACUCGAUUAUUAUUGUAAUUUUGAAAUAUUAAAAGAGGUUAGUAACCAAAUGAAAAUUAAUGAUAAAUUAUUUGUUAUUAUUCUAAUGCUAUUUUUAAAAAAUAUCACCGAGUCCAUGUUAUUUCUCGUAAGUUUAUUCGUAUUCCUGCAGUCAAUUAAAAUUAAUGCAUUCUUAUGUAUGUGCAGUUGGCUUCAUAAAAAUAUUUAGUGGUUGGGUGUCAUCAUUCAGUGAGAAAAGGUGUACAUGGUAAAUGUAUAUUAUUCAUAAAAACUCCAAACGUCACGUAAAAAUAUUUUAGCUUAAAAUCUGAUUAGAAUUGUAAUGUUGUUGAAAAUAUGAAACUGAAAAGUAUUAAGGUAUAAUGAUUACUAGGUGUUUACAGCUAUAAAGGGACAAAAGUAUUUAGUGUCCCUAAUGAUAAUUAUGACCAUAUUAUUGUUCUGAUUUUGAAGUAGCUGGAAUGUACCCAAUUUUAUAACUUUAACAAUGAAUGGUAGGUUCCUUGAGUAAGAAAUACCUCAGAUUUUGUUUGUUAUAUUGCUAUCGAUCGUUUCAGUUAAUUUAUUGUAUUAUUUAAGAGAGAAAGUCAUUGUUUUAGUCAUUUUUAUAGCGUUAGUGUACGCCGAUAGUGUUGUUUUUAUGUUUAAUUUUGCUAUUUUGUACCUGCUCAAGUAAAUGAAAAUAGCAUAAUCCAUUUCUUUUAUAUUUAUAAAUACAGUAAUAAGUCUUUAAGUAUGUAUUUAGUUAUAAGAUAUAGUAUAUACUUGUAUAAUUAAGUUUCUAUAUAUCUAGUUAUAUAUAAUAAAAUUAAAGAAAAAAUGUUUUUUUCAUUGAAUGGAAGUCUAAUAUGAAUAUAAUGACAAUUAUAUGUAAAAUCACUUGAGAGAAUUGAAAACUAUUCUAAUAUAAAAAUAUAUAAACUUGUCCAAUUCUAUCUGGUGUAUAAUAUAGAUUGUUGUUAAUGAUAGACUUAGAUAUUCCAAUCGGCAUCACGCAAGUUACGCUUUCUGUUAUUUAUUUCAUUCUGUUAUAUUGUGAACUUUGAUUGGUACCAAAUAAAGCGUGUUUUUGUAA